GCCAGUGUUUACAGCCGAGUGAGAGGAACACGUGUGUGAUGAUCAGCAGCACAGACUGCAGUCACUGCACUGGAUUUUUUGUGUGUGAGCAGCUGUGAAAUAGACAUUAUGAGAGUUGUUGCGCUGAUCAGUGGCGGUAAAGACAGCUGUUAUAACAUGCUGCAGUGUGUGUCUGCUGGGCACUCUAUCGUCGCUCUCGCAAACCUCAUGCCUCACACACAUGUUCCAGAUGAGCUGGACAGUUACAUGUAUCAGACGGUGGGUCAUCAGGCCAUUGAUUUGUACGCUGAGGCCAUGGAUGUUCCCCUGUACAGGCGCACUAUUGAGGGCUCCAGUGUGCACACAGGAAGGGAAUACAGCCAGACUGAAGGGGAUGAGGUGGAGGAUCUCUACCAGCUGCUCAAGCUUGUCAAGGAGAAGGAACGUGUUGAGGCCGUGUCUGUCGGAGCCAUUCUGUCCGACUACCAGAGAGUACGUGUGGAAAAUGUGUGCACAAGACUGCAGCUCCAGCCGCUGGCAUACCUGUGGCGCCGAGACCAGGCCACACUGCUCAGAGAGAUCAUAUCAAGUGGCCUCCACGCCCUCCUCAUCAAAGUGGCGGCGUACGGCCUGGAUCCGCAGAAACAUUUAGGAAAGUCCCUGGCGGAGAUGGAACCGUACCUGCACGAGCUUUCAGAGAAGUAUGGAGUUCAUAUCUGUGGAGAAGGGGGCGAGUAUGAGACCUUCACCGUUGAUUGCCCGCUCUUCAAGAAGAAGAUUGUCAUUGACUCGAUGGAGACCAUCAUUCAUUCGGCCGAUGCCUUCGCUCCUGUUGGGUACCUGCGCUUCACACGCAUGCACACGGAGGACAAAAGCGAAGGCUCCGGAGGGCGGCCGCUGCCUCUCAGUAGAUGUCCUUGCCAGAACGCCAUUGACAGGAUGACAGAAGAGCUGGAAUAUGCUGAUAAAACUCCAGACGUCCAGGGAGGAUGUCCAUCAAGCGCUGAGCGCAGUUGUCAUUCGGAGCUGGGUUGUCUGCCGUCACACUCGUCCAGGAGUCCAGCGGGUUUCCAGUGGAUAUCCGGUCUAACGGCGCUUCAGUCCGAACACCCGGACGUCCAGAGCCAAACCCGGCACGUGUUCACGCUCCUGCAAAGACAGUUGCAGGAGAAAGGCCUGCUGAUGAAGCACGUGCUGCUGGUUCAUCUCUUCGUGAGUGACAUGGGCAACUUCAGUCUGAUCAACUCUGUCUACCGCACCUACUUCACUCACAAUCCUCCAGCCAGGGUCUGCGUCCAGGUUUCUCUCCCCGUCACUCAGCAGCUGCGGAUGGACGUUCUACUCCACGACGGGACGGCGGCCUGUGAGGAGGACGGUUUCUCUCAGAGAGACACGCUGCACGUCCAGAGUCUGUCCCACUGGGCCCCGGCCAACAUCGGGCCCUACAGUCAGGCCGUGCGGGUGCGGGACGCGGUGUUCUGCGCGGGGCAGAUCGCUCUGGUGCCCUGCUCCAUGCAGCUGGUGAAUGGGCCGGUGGCUCUCCAGGCUCGGCUCUGCUUCAGUCACAUGGAGAAAGUUCUGCGUGCGAUGGACUCCAGACUGACGCUGACUCACGUGCUGCAGGCGCACAUCUACAUCACCCGCCGCGAACACGCUGCGAUCGUCACAGAGACCUGGAACGCAAAACUACAGGACAUCCAGGAGGAGUGUGAUGAUGCGACUCAGGUUGAGAGCAGCGUUGUGGUCGUACCGUCUUUGCCCAGAGGAGCAGCGGUGGAGCUGCAUGUUAUGGCUGUGCAGGACAGUGCCACAGACAGAUCAUCUCAUCACACCAUCUCAGAGAUCCCGGGCGGCAGCGUUGAGUGCCGUCUGCUGCAGUCUAGCUGCGCCCGCUACGCCUCUCUGUCUCUCACUGUGUGUUUGAGCGAUUCUCACACCGCAGUCGACAGCGUCACCGAUCAGCUGCUGUCUUCAUACCAGGACGCUCUUCACAAGACCAACAGUCUUUCUGCACUGUGUGCCAGAGUUUUCUAUAAGAGCCAUGACACGUUCAUCACACAGAUCGCCACAGGGUUGGAGCGGCGAUUGAGCGGCGGUCCCGCUGUGGCGCUGGUUCCCGUUGAAGAUCUGCCGGACCGGUGUGCGCUCCGUUUCUCCUGCUGGAUCAGUGUGUAGCGGACCUUCACUGCAACUGUUGAGCAGGAUGUGGUGCUAAAACCGUUCUGUUGUUACUGAUGUUGAACUCAGAUUGAGUCCAUGACACCUGUAAUCCUGUAAACACCUGUUGCUCUCUUUGUAUUGUUAUGCGUAUUUGUGCGUUUGUUAAGGUUCUGUCAUCAUUUACUCUUUCAUGUCAUUUCAAACCUGUUUGACUUUCAUUCUUGAACACAAACACAGAUUGUACAUUCUUCUCUUUUCCCUUCAGUAAAAGUGUAUAGUAGUGAUGAACUGAAAUUCCAGCAACCAAACAUAUUUGUUUAAAACAGCAAAAAAAAAAGUUUAGUUUUUUUUUUUUUUCUCUCUCCCCAGCUGAAGCACUUUUGGAGAUGUCAGUGAAACUGCUUGUGAACAGUAUGUCACAUAACAUCACAUUUUCCUGAGGAAAGACAUUCAGUGUCCACAAAAAAUAACUUUAGAGAGGAGAAUUUUGAUAAAUGUGCUAUUACAUAUUUUGGAUUUUUUUUUUUUUUUUUUUUUACUGAACCUCUUAGUGGUUUUAUUUAAUAUACGUUUGAAUAAAUCCGUCAUGAAGUCAAGGUUUUAUUACAGCCGCCAUUUAAAUGUUUAUAUUUCAACAACUGAUUGAUGUAGAAACAUAUUUACAUCAUUUAAAUAUUUUCUGUAAAACUGUUGUGCGCAAAUUAAAAUGUUAGUUUGAAAUAAAUUUACAUAAUUAAUUAUUCAAUAAAGUUUCAUUUUCAGCUAAAUGAAAACUUACAUUUCAGUAAAUAUUCAUUUCAGAGCACGACUCAAUUAUAUGACUCGUGUGCUUCAGACCAAACUGAAAGUCUGCAGUCGUAUUUCCACGCACACAUUUAAAGGCUGAUUUCAAUCCAUUUUGAAACAAAAAAAUUAUUUUUGAAAACACAAAAGUUUGAAAAUUCAAAUGAGAUGUCAUAGCUUGGCUGAAAGGAAGAUUAUGAGUGAAAAACCUGAAAGAUCAAUCCUCAAACAUAGCACAUGACUUUAAAAUAUAAUUGUGACCCUGGACCACAAAACCAGUCAUGAAGGUCAAUUUUUUUUUUAAAAAUUGAGAUUUUUACAUCACCUGAAAGCUGAAUAAAUACACGUUACAUUGACGUAUGGUUUAUGAUAGGACAAUAUUUGGCUGAGAUACAACUAUUUGAAAAUCUGGAAUCUGAGGGAGAAAAAAUCAAAACGCUCAGAAAAUCGCCUUUAAAGUUGUCCAAAUGAAGUUCUUAGCAAUGCAUAUUACUAAUCAAAAAUUAUGUUUUGAUAUAUUUACAGUAGGAAAUUUGUUAAAUAUCUUAAUGGAACAUGAUCAUAUCCUUCAUAUCCUAAUGAUUUUUGCCAUAAUAGAAAAAUCUAUCAUUUUGACCCACACAAUAUAUUGUUGGCUAUUGCUACAAAUAUACCCGUGAUACUUAUGACUGGUUUUGUGGUCAAGGGUCACGAUUGAUCAUUCAAAUAGACUGCAUGAUAUUUCAGUGUUGUUUUAUAUCUUUUCUUUGAGGUUUGACAGUAUAACAGACAGUGUGACAGUGUGUGUGAAUGAAGCUGUGGUGUGAAGCACAGCGUGUGUUGUUGUUGUGUAAUGGUCAUCUGCAGACAUUAAUGCAUCUCUAUUGAUCCUGAGAGACUGUGUUCUGAUCUACACACAGCAUUACGUGUGUGUGUGUGUGUGCUGGUAUUCCCUACAUCAUGAGGACAAAAUGUCCCCACAAGGAUAGUAAUGCCAGUAAGUUUUGACAUUUUCUUGGUCCCCGUGAAAAAACAAGCUUAUAAAUCACAAAAUGAAGUGUUUUGAGAAUGUAAAAAUGCCUGUAGUUUUGUGUGAGGGGUAGGUGAAGGCUUAGGGUAAGGGGAUAGAAAAUACAGUUUGUACAGUAGAAAAAGCAUUACGCCUAUGGAAUGAACCCAUAAUGAGAGGAAUACACAGGAAUGUGUGUGUAGAGGUAUGACACAUCUUUUCCACAUGUUAUAGAGUGAUGUGUUUGUGGACGGUGUCUGUCUGCGCAGCUGUCUCGCAUACUCAGAAUAGCUUCGCAGACAGACAGACAGCAGCUGCGGCCUCAUGGGAGCGACACACCCUCAUUUCUCUGUGUUUGGAUCAUCCUGGAACCUGAUUUGAUUGAAGUGUUUAUUCAUUUGACCCAGAUGUAGCAUAUCAGUGUUGUUGUACACAGACAUGUCUGUCUGUUCGUUUAACUGAUCUUCAUUACAUGAGGAUGACUGUGAUUUCAGUGUGGUGAUGUUACUAAGCGUUGCCUCUGUGGUGUGUGUGUGUGUGUGUGUGUGUGUGUGUGUUCCCUGUAGUCUGUAUUCAGUGGAGUGUGUCGCCCUCUUGUGGCCGCUUCGUGUAAAUAACAAGCUUGAAGAGUCUAUAUGUUCAGUAAGUAUCAUAUAUUUUCACUUGCACGUUUGUAAUAUGUGUGAAAUGACGUAUGGAUCUGGUACAGAGAAAAGCUGAGCAGUUUGUCUUAAUUGUCUCUGUCAGAAUGGGCUGCUCGUGUCUUUGUCUCCUGAAAUCAUCAGAUUAUAUUCUGUCAGCUCAUUUCGCUGGUGUAAUAUGUGAUUGUUAAUGGAACUGGAGAAACUCGUCAGAUGUUGUGACACAUAAAUGAGCUGUGCUGUAAUAUAAACGGACAGUAUGAAGCAUGAGCUGACAGAUACAGAUCAACACGACAGCUGCUCUAAUGACAGCAGACAUGAAAUCACAAACACACUUUACUGAAUCAGGAGGUUCAGGACUUAAAAACUAGCUCUAUGUCCAAAGUACAUGAAAACUACUUUGUUGGGACCAUGUACUGCAGAUGUACUCCAGCAUUUAUUUCUUUAUUUUAUUUUUUAUUUUUUUAAUUGAUCUGUUAAACAGUGGAAUGGAUUGUUGUUUUUUGACAUGCAGUAUGGAAAUAAACAUGAAUGUCAGUCAUCUUCUAAAAAUUUCAUAAUGUUUGACAACGUACAGUCAUACGAAUGCAUGUCAUUAGAAAGUUUAAAGACUUUAAAUUCAUUAAUUACUAGCAGCGCCACAAAAAUAUUAAAUA